AUGGGUAAGAAGAAAAAAGAAAUUCACGUGCCAGGAUUACCGGAACAAUGGAAAGCGUACUAUUCGGAGAAAAGAGAACGGAUAUUUUAUUUCAAUACGGAGACAAAACAGUCAACAUGGGAAAUGCCGAUCGUGGAGAAAUCCUCGAGACAAUCUGAUUUGUCUGCAAAAGAACAGGUUGCACAACACCAACAAAAAGUUUCAAGUGCUUUGGAAAAAAGAGAUUUGACCUCUCGAGGAAGUUUGGAUCCAAUGAAAACUGAUGAAACGAGAAUGUCAGAUAAACUUGAUUGUUUGCAUAUUUUGAAUACGCCAAAUACUGGUGAAACAAGUGAAGAGCUGAUGGAAAUCGAUGACAUUAACAUAGAAGAAAUGAACUUACAUGAAGAGCCGAUGGAAAUUGAUAUUGUUGUUGAAGAAGUACAAUCUUUUCGCCGAGAACACUUUUUGCAUCCAGAUGUGUUUGCCAAUGCUUACUCACCGUUUUUCCAUAAAUAUGCCACAGCUUGUGAAACAAUCAAAAGUGCUGGCAGGGUGCUUGUAGUUUUUGACACGAGUUGCCUUCUCCAAGAUACAGUACUGUUACCAAUGUGCAUCCAAAGUUUAUACUGCUCACUUAUUCCAUAUACAGUUCUCCAAGAAUUAGAUGGCUUAAAGAAAACAGUGGGUUUUAGCUGA